AUGUCGCCAAUCUUCGAUCUCAUUCCUCAGUUUCUUGUAGAGGCUAGUCUGGGGACGUUGAAGCCUGACUUCGCUGAAACCACUGUCAAAUGCUGGUAUGUGCCUCCUGGCAUCACUAUUGUCGAGACCGUUGGCAUCGUUUGCGAUCUCGCAAAAGCCGACAAAUGGAGCGCAAAGUCAACGAUGGCGAACAUUAUUGGCUUUGAAAUUCAAGGUGUUGUCAUGAACGUGAGGGGAAUACGUUCUAGCGACGUCUCCGUCACUAUCUCGGCUGUAUUGGCUUUCAGCUCUGGAGGACAGGACCAUUUGGGCAUUGAUCUGAGAUGUCAUCUUGUGGGAAGCCUUCCUCCGACGCUAGAAUUCAACGUCCACAGCUCGACAGCCUUGGCCGAUCUACUGUUUGCCGUCAAUGUCAAGUGCUAUCUUUCGAAGGUGGCCGUUCCCUUGACUAAGGCGAGUACUCUUGCAAGCCUUACGACUUCGUCGUUCGGUUUCAUAUUGACUCAGCAGUCUAUGGCAGUAAACCGGUAUGAUCUCUCCAAUAUAUUCGCCUCGAAGGGCCCACUAGACGAAUGGAAGAAGUAUAUUCCAUGGAUCAAAGCUCCUUUGCGUCCCUCUUUUGGCAUCUGGGUCGAUAAUCCUUUGAGAAACUCCGACCCAACUGUGUCUGCAAGCGUCAACUUUGAGAUUGCUGUCCAAAAGCCUACCAACCAGCCGGGGGACUUAGUUUCAGGAUUGGCAGCUGAGUUAUGGCUGGCCUACGAGAAGACCUCCGCUAGUGAUGAUCAGUUCAGUGGCGAGUUCGACUACGGCAUGAGUUCUGGAACUGAUUUCAUACACCCCGGUAAAGCGGCGGGUAUGACGCCGGGCCAGUAUAUCACUCGCGAUGUGCCAAACUUGCCCGGCAAUUGGGUCUUGGCAAAGGUCGGCGCCACCGUGAUCCGGUCCAAGAGCAUAUCCCUCUGGGGCCUGAGCGCCGCUGAGGACACGAACGCCCGAUUGUCGGUCGACGUUGAGGAGAUUUACAUCACCACUGCUGCUCUCGGUGUGGAUUUAGACGUUCAGAAAGCCCCAGCGGACAACAACAAAAAGACCUACUCUGCCGUUGUCACUGGCAUGUGCGGUGGGUUAGACACCAUCACCACUGCUACAGACGCAACGCAUGCCUUCAGCACUCUCUCAAGCGAUACAAAGCCAAUAGGCUUCGAGAAGGUGACAGAUCCCUCUGCUGCCGCCAAGAAUGGCCUUUACUUUCACGUCAACUUCACCUCGGACCAUUCAUCCUGUAUUCUCCUGGGCCACCUUUCGGGUAUUGGAGACGCCCUGCUUGAUCUCUUUAAGCAGCCCUUCACCGUCGCUUUGACUAUUCCCGCGAAGCGUAAUGGCGUUAAGAUCUUGGGCACUUAUGAUAAGAAGAUUGAUUUGGAUGUUGUCAAGAUUCUGGUCCAGAACAGAGUGAUUAAAAUUGAGAUUGAGACGACGAGCGACGACGUGCGAUUUUCAAUCAGCGCAGGUUUUGUGCUCUUCGGUAAGCCAGGCUUCGAGCUUGCUCUGGCAUACAGACCAAAUGAUCAUGUCAUCAACGGAACUGUAAUCUAUCAACCGGAGGACGAAUUCCUCGGUAUCAAACACAUCAAGGUCGACGUAGCUUAUAAUGUGUCCAACCAAACAAUCGACAUCAAGAAGCUUCCAAUCAUUCGGGACUUCGCUAAAGCAUUAGUCCUCCUGGAAGAUAUUAUUCAAGCCGCCAACGCAGCCAAAAACGGCGCCUGUGGCCCUCUUGUCGGCAUGGUGUUUAAGAAUACUUUCUCUACCCGCUUUCAUUUCAGCUUGAACAACUGGCGUCGGCAGCAGAAUGGUGGCUUUCUCGUGGACACAGACUGGAGAUUUGAUGUUUUUCUUGGGAACGAAAAUUUUCCAAAGUUGAAGGUAUGCACGGUUCCUAUCCUAAGGGUGCAGAACUGGUGGUUCGGACCUUCGCUGGUCGCGACGCUGCUUUGCAAGGGCGUCCGCACCAAGAGUCGCAAUCUUGUCAAUAAGGGUGUAGAACAGGCCGCCGAACAGGCCGCCGAAGAGGCCGCCGCUGCAGAGACUGCUGCAACUGGUGCAGGCUCCGCCGCGGUAGCGUCUGCUGCUACGGCGGGUGCUGCUGUCGGAGGGAGUCUUGAAGCUGUUCUCAGGGUGCUUGUUGUGGCUGCCGGGACUCUCACGGCCACAGACAAGAUGAUUGGCAGUGUUUCGGCACCGUCAAGUGUGCGGCAGAAGUUCAAGUUCAAGCCCGAAGACUUACCAUUCGAUCAGCUACAAAGAAUCAAGGAAGCAGAGCAGAAGGCUAGAGAUGCUAUGUAG